CUGACAUAGUAUCCUCGACUCUCUAUCCCCCCCCUCUCUUCCCUCUGGUUGCACUCCGAAGCCCAACAUGGAUGACGACGAUGCCCCGCCCCAGCUGGUCGAUGUCUCCACCGCUCCCGACUCUGCGCCAUCGACGUCAGUGGACACUCCGGCUCAGGGCCGCGUGCCCAUCACGCUUGUGACUGGCUACCUCGGAGCCGGCAAGACCACGUUGCUGAACUAUAUCCUCACUGAAAAGCAUGGCAAGAAGAUUGCCGUGAUAAUGAACGAAUUCGGAGACUCAACCGACAUCGAGAAACCCCUAACCGUCAACCAAGACGGUCAAGAAGUGACCGAAUGGAUGGAAGUCGGCAACGGCUGCAUCUGCUGCUCCGUCAAAGACAACGGCGUCAUGGCCAUCGAAUCCCUCAUGGAACGCCGCGGCGCAUUCGACUACAUCCUGCUUGAGACCACCGGCCUCGCAGACCCAGGCAACAUCGCCCCGGUCUUCUGGGUCGACGACAACCUCGGCAGCAGCAUCUACCUCGACGGCAUCGUGACUCUCGUCGACGCCAAAAACAUCUUACAUCUUCUGGACGAGCCCACCCCCGAAGAAACCGUCUCCAGCCAUGGAACUGACUCGCACUCGCACUCGCACUCGGGCCCCGUCCUCUCCAUGGCCCACAUGCAGAUCUCACACGCAGACGUUAUCAUUCUUAACAAAGCAGAUCUUGUCACCGAGGACGAACUCGUCCGUGUCAAGGACCGCGUGACAGCCAUCAACAACGCAGCCAAGAUCCACAUCACGGACCACAGCAAGACACCCGAGAUCGAGGGUGUGGUUCUAGAUCUGCACGCAUAUGAUCAUCUAGAUAGCUUAGAUUUCGCUCAAAGGGGCCAUAGUCAUAUGGAUCCGGCCAUCUCAACCGUCGCAAUCACCACCCCACCCAUCUCAUCUUCUCAGGUCUCCCGCGUCGACACCUGGCUCCAAUCCGUCCUCUGGGACUCUGUUAUGCCCCUCGCGUCGGAAGUUUCGGGCCCUACUAGCUUCGAUAUCCACCGACUAAAGGGCAUCUUGGUCCUUGACGAUGGAUCAACGAAAAUCAUCCAAGCGGUGCGGGACGUUUUCGAGAUCCGGGAUGCGGAGCCCGCCCAGGAUGCGAAGACGCAAUGCAAGGUUGUUUUGAUUGGCAGGGGAUUGGGUGUGGAUGGCGGCCCGUGGCAGGAGAGUUUCGAGGGGUUUCUGUUACGGAGUACUGAUUAGUAGAUAUGUUUAUGAUGAUGACGAUGACGACGAUGACGACGAUGACGAAUUGAUGAGGCAGAAGGAGAAGAUGUAAAACUAAAUGAGAAACUAGACCAAUGGUUUAGAUUGCAUAUCUAAACCUAACCGAGGCUGAAUCUGUAGGUUAUAGGUAUAAGUCAAAUAGAUCAGAUCAUCCUUCAAAUUCAUACAGUUGCUGCG